CCCAGCCCUCGGUGCGCAGCGGAGCCGACCCUCAGCCCUGCAGCGCCUUCCUGGAGGUGGGGGCCGCCCGCGCCAUGGCCGCCGCCCAGCCCAAGUACCCCGCCGGGGCGACCGCCCGGCGCCUGGCCCGGGGCUGCUGGUCCGCCCUCUGGGACUACGAGACGCCCAAGGUGAUCGUGGUGAGGAACCGGCGCCUGGGGGUCCUGUACCGCGCCGUGCAGCUGCUCAUCCUGCUCUACUUCGUGUGGUACGUAUUCAUCGUGCAGAAAAGCUACCAGGAGAGCGAGACGGGCCCCGAGAGCUCCAUCAUUACCAAGGUCAAGGGGAUCACCACGUCCGAGCACAAAGUGUGGGACGUGGAGGAGUAUGUGAAGCCCCCCGAGGGGGGCAGCGUGUUCAGCAUCAUCACGAGGGUCGAGGCCACCCACUCCCAGACCCAGGGAACCUGCCCCGAGAGCAUAAGGGUCCACAACGCCACCUGCCUCUCCGACGCCGACUGCGUGGCUGGGGAGCUGGACAUGCUGGGAAACGGCCUGAGGACCGGGCGCUGUGUGCCCUAUUACCAGGGGCCCUCCAAGACCUGCGAGGUGUUCGGCUGGUGCCCGGUGGAAGAUGGGGCCUCUGUCAGCCAAUUUCUGGGUACGAUGGCCCCAAAUUUCACCAUCCUCAUCAAGAACAGCAUCCACUACCCCAAAUUCCACUUCUCCAAGGGCAACAUCGCCGACCGCACAGAUGGGUACCUGAAGCGCUGCACGUUCCACGAGGCCUCCGACGUCUACUGCCCCAUCUUCAAGCUGGGCUUUAUCGUGGAGAAGGCUGGGGAGAGCUUCACAGAGCUCGCACACAAGGGUGGUGUCAUCGGGGUCAUUAUCAACUGGGACUGUGACCUAGACCUGCCUGCAUCAGAGUGCAAUCCCAAGUACUCCUUCCGGAGGCUUGACCCCAAGCACGUGCCUGCCUCGUCAGGCUACAACUUCAGGUGCUGUACUUGGGACACCGCUGUCCACACUGGCAUAGCUGUGGUGGGGUCCCGAGAGGCCCAAUGCCUGUGGGGCAGCCCUGGAGUGCAGAGGACGAGUGGGCACUGGCCUUCCCAUUGCAGGUUUGCCAAAUACUACAAGAUCAAUGGCACCACCACCCGGACGCUCAUCAAGGCCUACGGGAUCCGCAUUGACGUCAUUGUGCAUGGACAGGCCGGGAAGUUCAGCCUGAUUCCCACCAUUAUUAAUCUGGCCACAGCUCUGACUUCCGUCGGGGUGGUAAGGAACCCUCUCUGGGGUCCCAGCGGGUGCGGGGGGUCCACCAGGCCCUUACACACCGGUCUCUGCUGGCCCCAGGGCUCCUUCCUGUGCGACUGGAUCUUGCUAACAUUCAUGAACAAAAACAAGGUCUACAGCCAUAAGAAAUUUGACAAGGUGUGUACGCCGAGCCACCCCUCAGGUAGCUGGCCUGUGACCCUUGCCCGUGUAUUGGGCCAGGCCCCUCCCGAACCCGGCCACUGCUCCGAGGACCAGCACCCCAGCCCUCCAUCAGGCCAGGAGGGCCAACAAGGGGCAGAGUGUGGCCCAGCCUUCCCGCCCCUGCAGCCUUGCCCCAUUUCUGCCCCAUCUGAGCAGAUGGUGGACACUCCUGCCUCCGAGCCUGCCCAAGCCUCCACACCCACAGACCCCAAAGGUUUGGCUCAACUCUGAGCUCCUUUCCAUCACACUGGACUGCAGACCCGGCCUGGUGGGGCCAGACAGUCCCCGGCUAGGGACCUGCACGUGGACGUGGGCACCUCAGUAGCAGAGCAUCUCCACGAAACGGGGCACCACAGGAUCCCUGUGCAAGGGCUGGGGGCACGCUCUGGCCCCAGGCUUGUGCCCCACCCUGGCAUACAGCCCCUGACACCUCCUCCCCAGCUGGUCCCUACAGGGCUGCUCACUUCCCAUCACCUCUCACAGCCACCUGGAACCCAAGCCAGCUGAGCUCUGAGGGGCUCUGCUCCCGGUCUUGGGCCCUGGGAACCCCACCCCACCCCACCCACAGGCGUUGUAACCUCGAAUCUGCCCAGACUCUUCCCUUAGAAGUCACAAUACACUCAGUCCAAUAAACCUGUGA